CUGCUAGAAGACCCUGUGGAGAUCAUAAACAACAAGCUGGAGCUUCAGGCCUUUGACCAAAUCGAUGAGGAAAUCAAACUCAUCGGCUACUUCAAAGGAGAAGACUCUGAACAUUACAAGGCAUUUGAAGAAGCCGCUGAACACUUCCAGCCGUACAUCAAGUUCUUUGCCACCUUUGACAAAGGGGUUGCCAAGAAGCUAGGUCUGAAGAUGAAUGAGGUGGACUUCUAUGAACCGUUUAUGGAUGAGCCUGUUCACAUCCCCGAUAAGCCUUACACAGAAGAGGAGCUGGUUGAAUUUGUGAAGGAACACAAAAGGGCCACCUUGAGGAAACUGCGCCCAGAGGACAUGUUUGAGACGUGGGAGGAUGACAUGGAGGGAAUCCACAUUGUGGCCUUCGCUGAAGAAGAUGACCCAGAUGGUUUUGAGUUCCUGGAAAUCCUGAAGCAGGUUGCCAGGGACAACACUGAUAAUCCUGACCUGAGCAUUGUCUGGAUUGACCCCGACGACUUUCCUCUGCUGAUCACUUACUGGGAGAAGACCUUCAAGAUUGACCUGUUCAGACCACAGAUUGGAGUGGUGAACGUCACAGAUGCUGACAGCAUCUGGAUGGAGAUCAGGGAUGACGAUGACCUGCCCACGGCUGAGGAGCUGGAGGACUGGAUAGAGGACGUGCUUUCUGGGAAGAUAAAUACUGAAGAUGAUGAUGAUGAUGACGACGAUGACGAUGACGAUGACGAUGAUGAUGACGAUGAUGAUGAUGAUGAUGAUGACGACGAUGACGACGAUGACUAACUGUGACUCUGUGCAGUUUGACUUGUGGGGGCUGAGAGGCCUCCCCCUGCGGCAGGUCCCUCCAUCGGAAGACCUGUGUUUGAGCGUCAGCAAGCACCGCUGCUC